GUAGCACACAACUGCUUUUUCGUAGCUCAACCUCUUGAUUUUAUUGCAUAGCGGAUUUAUAAUUUGAGUAUCUUAGUAUUCGAAUUCUUCGAGGAGAUGAACUCCCGUUAUUGACAUGCGUGAACUGGUCGGAUUGCCGGCCCCAACACCGAUUGGAUUUCCCCGCACCGCAUCAAAGAUACUAUCGCUAACUAUCCGCCUUGGUGUCACGGUGGCUGACUGAAAAUAGCACUAAAAGAGUAUUCGAACACCUGAACUAACCACUCUGAACUCACUGAAUGAUCGAGGAUGGGCUAGACAAAGACUGGAUGAGGGGACAGAUCUUGCUGACCCGCGUACUUAAGGCUCAUCUUCCUGCCAGUGAAUACUAUCUCUCUUCCCAGUCCAUUCUUCCCCUCCAUCAACGCAUCUAAGCAUCAUCAUCAUGUCUUUGGACUUUACGACCUUCCACAAUGUGAUCAACAAUGAGUUGACCACCACCUCGCAAACCCGUCACGGCAUCAACCCUGCCAACCGGCAACCCAACCCCGAGGUCCCCGUUUCCACACAAGAAGACCUCGAUCGAGCCGUUGAUGCCGCUCGCAAAGCGUUCCGCACCUGGUCCAAGACCUCGUUCGACGAGCGGCGCACCGCCCUCAACGCCUUUGCCGACAAGAUCGAAGCAAACAAGGAAGCAUUGGCUCGGCUCAUGACGCAGGAACAAGGCAAGCCGCUGAGCCAGUCCACCGUCGAGGUCGGAAUGGCCGUGCAGUGGGCUCGAACCAUCCCCACCAUUGAGAUCCCCGAAACCGUCAUCGAAGACACGGACGAACACAAGAUCAUCCAGCGGUACACCCCCAUCGGCGUCUGCGGGGCCAUCGUGCCGUGGAACUUCCCCAUCCUGCUGGCCGUCGGCAAGAUCGUCCCCGCCGUGUACACAGGGAACGCCGUGAUCGUCAAACCCUCCCCGUUUACGCCGUACUGCGGCCUGAAGCUCGCCGAGCUGGCGGCGCAGUGCUUCCCGCCCGGUGUGGUCCAGGCAUUGAGUGGGGGCGAUGACCUCGGCCCCAUGAUCACGGAGCACCCGGGCAUCGACAAGAUCAGUUUCACUGGCUCAACGCUCACGGGGAAGCGCGUCAUGGCGAGUUGUGCCAAGUCCCUCAAGCGGGUGACGCUGGAGCUGGGCGGGAACGACCCGGCUAUCGUCUGCGACGAUGUCAAUAUCGAUGCGGUCAUUCCAAAGAUCGGCAUCCUCUCCUUCCUCUGCUCGAGCCAGAUCUGCAUGAUGGUUAAGCGGCUGUACGUCCACGAGAAGAUCUACGACGAGUUCCGGGAGAAGCUCGUGGCGUUUGUGGGAUCGCUCAAGGUCGGCGACGGCACUGAGCCUGACGUCUUCUUCGGCCCCGUGCAGAAUAGCAUGCAGUACGACAAGGCCAAAGAUCUUUGGCAGAGCCUGUCCACUGAAGGUCUCAAGACCGCCCUCGGCGGAACCAUCCAGGACUCGGCGGGCUACUUCAUCCCCCCGACCAUCGUCGACAACCCUCCCGAGUCGGCCCGGGUCGUGCAGGAAGAACCGUUUGCACCGAUCCUGCCGAUGCUCAAGUGGUCGGACGAGGACGAUGUCAUUGCGCGGGCGAAUGGCACCGACACGGGGCUGGGGGCAUCAGUAUGGAGCAAGGAUAUGACGCGAGCACGUCGCAUGGCCGAUCAGCUUGAGUCGGGGAGCGUCUGGAUCAACUCGCACUUUGAUGUGUCGCCCAAGGCGCCGUUCGGAGGACACAAGACCAGCGGGAUUGGCACGGAAUGGGGCCUAAACGGGUUGACGGCGUAUUGUAACUCCCAGACCCUGUGGGUGAAGCCAAGUCUUUAGCCUUAUGCAAUUCAUAUCCUUCGUAAUGCAAC